UUCAAUCUACAGCCUACGGUCACAUAAAGUCAAUAGCAAAACAAAAUAAAGUUGGGGCAAGUUUUAUAUAAAGUAGUGAAUAAAAAACUAGCCGAGCCAUGUCCGAGCUUAGCAUCAGUGGCAGUCAAGUGCAACUGCAACCGCCGCCGCAAGUGCAGCCGCAAACAGCAUCACCGGUUGUCGAACCCUUUAGAAUAACAACAAAUGCACCACAGAUGAGUGAUGUCAACUUGACACCAGGACGUCGAAAGCUUCAAAAGUGGUUAGGACGCGUCCUUCGCAUUGUGAUAACCGAUGGCCGAGUUUUGGUCGGUUUCUUCAACUGCACGGAUCGGGAUGCUAAUAUUGUCCUCUCCAUGUGCGCCGAGUAUCUGGUGGAGGGUCAAGAACCCCGUUUACUGGGAAACGUGAUGGUGGCCAAGAAGCACAUUGUAUCAUUAAAUAUUGACGAGCCGACGCCGUCAUCGAGUCUGCUUGCUCAGUAAAUAAGGAUUUGCUAAAUGUAUUUAAAUUAAUACUUGUAAACAAGAUCCAUCUUCGGAACAGUGAGCGAGAAAUGUUUGCAUACACAUGAGAUAUUUAUCAUAGUCAUUUCAAAAAACUAAACAUUAUCUUUAUUUGGAACCUUAAUCCAGUUCAAUCGCAUUGCCAACUACUUUCAAAGAAGUAACUGCCUUUUUGUAAAGUAAAAAAUUACAUAUGUAUAAUAUUUAAAUUAUUGUUUAUAUAGACAGCUAUUCGGUAUUUGGUCGGUCAAUAAAUAACUAAUGUUCGAUAGUCAACUAUUAAUCAUAAUUCCAAACACGCCCAGAUAUUUGAAGUAUAACCAAAUCGCGUUGCCAACUAUUUUUGAAAAUAAUGUAACUGACGCUCACGGAAAAGAAAAUAAAUUUCUUAAAUAAUUAAU